UUGAGGAGACGACCAAUAAAAGGAGGGGAACGGUUGUAGCGCGAGACCAGUGGAAGGAGAAGCGGAGCAACCGGAGUUCCUGCAGCUGGUGCGCAUGCGCGUUUGGAACGAGGAAGUCAGAGGUGUAUUGGGCUGGAGUCUGAAGAGAAGAUGGAGGGAGAUGGAGCAGAAGGGUGCCUGUCUAUGGAGGCAUUUGCCCAGGUGGCGGAAGGCGGUGUCUCCAGCCCACAGUUCACUGCGCUCUGUUCUUGGCUAGUCUCUGAACUUCGGACCCUUUGCCCGCUGGAAGAGGAUGUGAGUCCGACUCAGGGUCCUGAGGAUGCUGAGAUGUUCCAGAUUGAAGUGAGUGGUCUCCUUAAUGAGCUACAUUGCCCAUAUCCUUCACUGACAAAGGGGGAUGUCACAGCCAGGCUCAGCACCCCAGAGAACUGCCUCCAGCUACUGUACUUCUUGAGCUCUGAGCUCCUUGCAGCCAGGCUCCAAGCAAGGAAAGUACCCCGCUCAGCAGAAGAAGAAGACAAAGCCAGUGAAGCUGUGCGUGAGAUCCACCAUAUCUGCCAGGCCCUGGGAAUGGCGGAACCAGAUCCCACAUGCUCCAUCCAUCAGCUGAUGGCUGACAUAGAAUCCAAGAUUUCAGAGGCACUUUCUACACUACCCCCUGAGUACCAGCAGAUGGAACCACUCCUCAAGGUCCCACUUACCUCUGAAGAAUGGGAAACAUUGGCGAGCAUCCACAAAGCACUGCAGACGGAGUACCAGCGCCGGAAACAGAUGAUGGUCACCCGUCUUGAUGUCACUGUCGCAUCCUUCCAUUGGUCUGAGAGAGCCAAGGAUUGUAGAACAGCCAUGACAGAGGCCUUCAAACCCUUGAGGGUGUAUGACUCCCAGAUCACCCUGGCCCACUUGCUUGCAGCCAGAGAAGACUUUUCACGCAUAAUCAAGACCAGCAGUGGAGCUUUACGGGAUAAGACCACUUGUGCAAUAAACAAGGUGCUGAUGAUUGGUGACGUUCCAGACCGGGGCGGGCGUCCAGGCGAGAUUGAACCCCCGAUGCCCACGUGGGAAAAGAGGCGAGAGGGGGGAGGAAGUGGUGGCAACCAACGUUGGGGCAAACGGGGCAAGAAGAAGAAAAAAUAGCAAGGGAAUAUCCCUCUUCCAGUGUCUUCUGGAAGCUUCAGGGAGUUAACUGUGCAAAGGGGGACAGCAGAGUCUGCAUUCUCCUCAGUUCUCAUGGGAUGAGCAGCUGGCUAUAGGCCAUGAUCAGGCUUUGCAAAGGUGAUUCAGUGUUGCCUCUCCUCACAGUGGAGGGAAUGCCACUUUAGAAUGAGUUUACGAUUGUUUUAGACUUGCGUCUCCCCCAAUUUUUAAGCUUGCCUUUAAGCUGUUUGACCCAGGUGUUUGCGGUACCAACUGUAUCAUUCAGUACCAUAUGGAUUGUUUUUGUUAAGUUGCAUUGAAAUUAAGGUGAGCUCCUAAACACUUGUUAAAUAUUUGCCCUUUCAUUUAAAAAGUGACAGAAAUCCACUGGAAGGGGUUCCAGAUAGAAGGAAAACUACUACCGUAUGAGGAUACAGAAAUUUGACUUACAGGUUGGUUUCUUCCUCAAAUUUUGUUUUUGCACUUUUCCUAAUGGGUUCAGGUGUUGGGUAGCCUUUUCUUUUUUGAGCUGAUGGAGGCAGUGUUUAAAAGAAUAAUUCAGAUUGUCUUAAGUAUCACAGUGCCCACUUGAUCCAGUUGACUGUUGUUGAAAAGGGAAAUAAAUAAUUUGGAUGUUAAAUACAC